AUGACUUAUCAGCAAAAGAAGAAAUUCUUUGCUAAUUUGAAAUACUUCAUUUGGGAAGACCCCUUCCUAUAUCGAGUGUGUACAGACCAGGUCAUUCGCCGAUGUGUUUAUGGCGAAGAGAAUCUCCAGAUUUUGAGGCACUGUCAUGAAGGGUCCGUAGGAGGCCAUCAAGCGACAAACCAUACUGCUAGGAAGGUGUUGGAUGCAGGACCCUUCCCUUCUUCCUAUGGCAAUAAGUAUAUUCUUGUGGUUGUUGAGUAUUUCUCCAAGUGGCUUGAGGCACAGGCUUUACCUACUGAUGAUGCUAGAGUUGUUUGCAGGUUCCUUAAGAAGUUAUUUGCUAGAUUUGGCACACCUAGAGCAUUAAUUAGUGACAAGGGAAUAGAUUUCUGCAACGCUCAAUUGGAGAAGGCACUCAGACGCUAUGGUGUGACACAGCGGUUCUCUACUCCCUAUCACCCACAGACCAAUGGGCAAGCUGAGUUUACUAAUAGGGGUUUAAAAUGCAUUUUAGAGAGAACUGCAGGUAUGAGUAGGAAGGAUUGGGCUUUGAGACUGGAUGAUGCAUUAUGGGCAUUUAGGACUGCAUAUAAGACUUCCAUAGGUAAGGAGAGACAAUGGCAGCUUAGUGAAUUGAGUGGCAUCAACAGGCGUAUGAAAACUCUUCAAUUUACAAGGCUAGGACGAAGAAGUGGCAUGAUCAGAGGCUCAGAGGUUCCAAGGAGUUUCAGAUUGGAGAUAGAGUAUUGCUAUAUAACUCACGUUUUGUUUCUUUUCACGGAAGCUCAAGAGUCGAUGGUUGGGGCCAUUCAUGGUAAAGCAGGUUUUCCUGUUUUCGGAGAGUUUCAGAGCUGGAAACGGGCUUGA